UAAUAGUCUUGCCAUUCUGUCGCGGGCUGUGCUACAGGUAGUUGCGGGUACCGGUGCCCAUGCUUGUUCUAGCCGCUCAAAUAGUCACAAUCACUACGCGCAUGUGGUUUCUUAAUUCGUUCCUCGGCGAAGGAUACUCCUCCGUGUUUUUUAAAGAUGAUGCCAGCAAAGAAUACCAACAAAGCCUCCAGAGGGCCAGCCACAUCACCGGCGCCAUGGCAUUCAAGUGGAGGGACGACUUCAAAUGGUCAUCCCACUUCCCAAGCUCUAAUUCGAGCAAAUACGUCUCAGAAAAUAGAUCACUUAAGGAAAUGGAGUAUUUCAACAUAUAAAUUUACCAGACAGUAUCUUUCUGAACGUUUUGGUAAAGGUACAAGGACUGUGGACAAAGAACUUGAAGGACAAAUUCUUCUUUUAAAAGAAACUCAAGUUAAGUACGUUAAUGUUCUAAAACUAGCGAAACAGAUGACAAACCAUUUAGAGAAUAUGGUUCAGAGUCAAAGAGGACUUUCCGAUGCCUUUGCAGAUUUAGGGGUGAAAUCACCAGAACUCCAGGGUGACUUUAACUGCAAUGCUGAGUACCAGAGAUUACUGGUUAAGAAUGGAGAAGUUCUUCUUGGGGCACUUAAGGUUUUUACGUCCAACUUGACGACUUUGGUGCACAAGACCAUAGAGGAUUCCAUCAUGACAGCGAAAGCUUAUGAAUUUGCCAGAAUAGAAUAUGAUGCUUACAGAACAGACCUAGAAUCCAUCCAAGCUGGACCAAGAACAGCAGCGACAGUUCUUAAAGCUGAAGAGGCAAAGCAGAAGUAUGAUGUCCAAAAAGACAAAUUCGACCGACUUCGGAGCGAUUUAGUGAUCAAAAUCAGAUUUUUAGAAGAAAACAAGGUGAAAGUUAUGCAUAAACAAUUGUCACUCUUCCAAAAUGCAACCACUGCUUACUUUGCUGGCAACAAAGAGGCCCUGGAUGACAGUAUGAAGGAAUUUCAUAACAAACACAAGACCAACGAUGGCAAACAGCCAUUUAUCCUGGAACAUUGAAGGCAUGCCACCAUAGCAUCAGAAUCAAACUAAGGGCACUAUGGUACUCUCUUGAAAACCAUGAAGGCGUUCUGAAUUUGACGUUGAGAUUUCAAGUCUUUCCAGCUGAGUUUAUAAAACAAAGAAUCGACAUUUACGUCCUAGUUUGAUGAAGUUAUUACAUAUGCAGCACGGUUUUGUAGUUUUUGUAGCUUGUUAGAUAAUACUUUGCCACAAUUACCCCAGACUAGGUUGCAGUAAUCAAAGUGAGAUUGAGCUUGUGAGUUGUAUAUAUUGAGUAAGGUGGAUCGAGGCACAAAUGGCUUAACUCGCUUUAUGGCUCCAAUCGCAGAAGCGAUCUUUUUACACAGUUUAUCAAUGUGGGAAUGCCACGUUAAAUUUUUGUCCAUAUAUAUCCAAAGGGAUUUCACAGAGGAAAAUUGCUCAAACGGAACAUUAUCAAGGGAGCAUUCAUAAUUUACCCAGAGGGUGGCUAUGAUAAUUUUUAGGGGGGGUCACUCUUUUUCCCUACUAUGAUUUAGGGGGGGCUGUGGAAAAUUUCCAAUAAAAAUGACAUGGAGCAUAGGGGGUGCCAACCAUUUUUUCCUGAAAAAGAAAAGGAAAUGAAAAUAUGCUGUUGGACGCUCUUAUAAUUCCUGUCUUUUAUUUCAUUUCAACAGAAUGUUGAUACAGAACUAGAGUA